UGCGGCUUCUAUUCGCGGUGGGCACUUCGCAUUUUUGCGCAGAGUUGCUUGGAUGACCGAUUCACCGAUCGGUCAUCUGCGUAUCGGCAUGGCAAGCCGGCGGGCCAGGUGCCAGCCAGACAGUGCGAACAGUUCUGCCAACAGUUCUGCCAGUGUAAUAAGUGAAGUGGACAUGAGCCAGCCUAUGGAGUCCGCGGCCCGAAAUGGAAACAGCCACAGGCGAACCGCACCGGCCGACGCCAAGCAACACAGAAGUGACAUGACUCAGCAGGCUCGCAUGCGACAGCGUAAGGAGGCGCCAGCGCUUAAUAGUGGAGUGGCGUCCAUCUUUGCCGAGCCCAAGCUUCCCAGCAUCCCCUCAUCAAACGUCACCAUAAGGACCAAGCGGGAGCUUCCAGAGAAGCUUGAGGACCUACAUGAACUUCUCUGCGAUGGCAGCAAGGGCGACAAGCAAAAGAAAGUCCUGUCGAACGCGGCGUCACGACCUGUUUCGACGUCAUCCCGGACAACUUUCUCUUCGUCUCUAGGGACAAACCACCAGUCCAAAUCGGGUGAGCAUCCUGCAUUACACAUCUGCCGCAGUCCAUACACUCCAACCUCGAUAUAG